AUGUUUCAUCUAUUUUCUUUUACAAUUAUUAUAAUAAUUCUCAUUUAUACUAUUGAAAGUGCUACUAUUGAAAAAUUUAUAACAGGAAAAGUAACUCAUGCUGGUUCAAAUACUAUUGAUAAAAACUCACAAGUAAAAGUUGAGUUACGCGAUGUUAGUUUAAUGGAUGCACCUUCAAAAUUAAUUGCAUCGACUACUAUAACUAGUGCAAAAACAUUUCCUAUUUCAUAUAAACUUACAUAUAAUCCAUCGGAUAUUACACCUAAUCAUCACUAUGCAAUUUCGGCAACAAUCAAUGGACCUGAUAAUAAACUUUUAUUUAUUAAUGAUGUUCGCAUACGAGUUGAUUUUACCAACUCAGCAUUUCCAACGAUUGAUGUUGCAGUUAUUCGAAUUGGAGGAAGUUCAGAUACUGAUACGAAAAAAUCUGGUCAUAAAAAAGAAUGUGGACCAGUUAAGUGUCCAGGUAAUAAACCAAAACAAUGUGCAUAUGGUUAUCAAAAAACACUAGAUGGUUGUGAAAUUUGUAAAUGUAAUGAUCCAUGUAAUCCACCUGGAAAAGCAAAACUUUGUGGACCUAAACAACGAUGUUUUAUUGAGAAGAAACCUGAUGGAACAUUUGAAGGUCGUUGUGGUACAUCAUCAUCAAAACAUCCUGAUCGAAACAAACAUGAAAAGCAUGUUUCCGAUAUAGCCUGUAAGCAACCUAAAGAUGCUGGUAAUUGUAAGGCACGUAUGCCACGUUUUUAUUACAAUUCAGCUACAAAAAACUGUGAAUCAUUCACUUAUGGAGGAUGUCCAGGCAAUAAAAAUAACUUUCUUACAAAAGCAGAAUGUGAGAACGCUUGCAAAGCCUAA